AAUACGAGCUUAACGAGAAGGCUAGCGUACCCAGAUUCAAGGGCUGCUUAUCAUCCGUUACCCAUGGCCGUAUCAGUCAUUGUUGAAUGUGAUCUUGUGCAUGAAGGAAAGCAGUUGUUUGGCGUUCUGUUUGCACUGACAAGGCUACCAAUCGUAUGGACCAGCACCCACAAGUUGGACAUUCUGUUCGAUGACUAUCCUUUCCCGCUCGAUGACAUUGAUCUUGAACAGCGCACGCGACAUGCAUACCGACUCGCAUCGCGAUGGCUCGUUGCUCUUCUCUAUCACGAAAAAGGAGACGACAUUCAUCGGAUCGCCCGUAUCAGAGAUCAAAUUCGUCUCGGGACGCCAGCACAAGUGGCUUCUGACUGUUUCGAAGCUGAUUGGGUCAGUUCUGACAGUCUGGGAUAUCACGGGCACGCAAAUGUGCUCGGAAUGGUCGCCAAAAGGGGCUACAUUCACAGGAGUGAAGCUGAACGAUGAUCCAGACUCUGAAGCCAGUGUGGUAGUGUCAUUAUCACAGAAAACCGUCCUCCUGCACUUGGACGACACUGGAACGCAACAGGAAAUCAGCUCUAUCGAUGUUGACCUCCGGCCCGUCAACCUUACGGGGGACGUGCCAGUUCUUGCAGAUGACACGUCCUUCACGCCCAUCCACAACUGGAAGACCGGCGAGCAAACGUACCUUGACACGCCGCUUGACCAUUGCAUAUCCAAAUCGUGCUCACCCCGCCCACUCCUCGUAGUGCGCGUCCGAUCCAUCACUUUCUACCCCUUCCCGUCUUCCACUCCUCUCUCCUCACACUCCUUUCACUGCGUCGACGGCGCCAGUGCAACCACUACCUCCAUUCUCAUCUGUUCUGGGAAAAGCUCUUCCGCUUCCAGAAUCACUCAUUUGCCAUGAAGGACGUAAAUAAUUCGAUCGAUUUGAGGAGGGGAUACUAUGUUAUAGACUCAGGAUAUAGCAUUGACAACGCAACAGCGAUGAUGUGCAAAUCAGCGAAACAAUCGCGUACGGUAGACUGGCGACCGUGGCGCGUCUCUCCAGUGGACCUUUGAUGGUCACUCUUUUUUGAAAAGGUC